AUGUUGGAACUUCUGAAGGAACAUGAUUGUGAGAUAGAGUAUCAUCUGGGUAAGGCCAAUGUAGUGGUCGAUGCCUUGAGCCAUAAGGUGAUAUCUGAUUUAAGAGAUGUGUUUGCCAGCUUGAAUUUGGUUAAUGAUGGCAGUUUAAUCGUCGAGUUGCAGGUUAAACCCACUUUCCCCGAGGAGAUUAAGGUUGAGCAGGGAUCGAGUUCAGAGUAUACUUUGGAUCAUGAUGGUAUUUUGUGCUUUCACAAUCGUUACUGCAUCCGUAAAGAUGAUGAGUUGAGAUGGGCUAUUCUACAAGAGGCUCAUAGUAGUCAUCAUGCUAUGCAUCUUAGCGAGAUCAAAAUGUACAAGAAUCUUAAGGAGCACUACUUUUGGACUGUUAUGAAGAAUAUUUCAGAUUUUGUGGCGAGGUGUCUGACUUGUUAG